AGCGGCGUCACUUUCACAGGCGAGUUACAAACAAACUAAACUCUUGAGCACAUUUGCUUAGCUUUAAAACAUCUGAAAUGUUGACCGGUGAAAAAGUAAAGGUCAGGUUUCUAAAGCUAAGGGCGGAUGUUGUUUCCAUGGUGACGGAACCCGUUUUAGCUAGGCUUGUUCGCUAAAUCUGGGGUUUUUUUGCUCGUGUUUCCGGUUUUGGCGUCAAAUUUUAAGCAGAGAAUAUGUCAUCCGGAGAUCAGGGUUUGGACCUGGCACCGGACUUUUCUCUUUCUGACUUUCACCCGAAAGAGGAAACACGAGCUAAAGUUGGAACCCAGAGCGCAUCUCUUGGGCUGGGAUUCAACAGUCUGACUCUGGAUGAACUGAGUGAGGAGCUUGACAGACGCACAAAGGAAACUCGGAGACUCCAGGAGGAGGUGGAAACAGAAACCAGGGAGGCCUUGGAGAAGUUCGGCUGCACUUACAGAAAAUGCUCGCCUGCACAGACUGUCUGCCAUGACGACUCAUCUGAAGCUUCAGGCAGUCUUUCAGCCCUUCAGGAGCCUCUGACUCCUCCUUGGAACCAGGAGGGGCCCCUCAAAGAAGGAGGCUCCUUCAGAAUGGAUCCAGUGGACGAGCGUCUUCAACAGUUUUCUGAUUUCAACAAGUUUUCUGUUUCACUUCAAGUGGGAAAAACAAGCAGAAGUCUUUCUCACAGAGAAAUCACGAACCUGCAGGAAAAGCCUCAUGAAGCUCAGAUGGAAAAGGAUUUGCUGUCUGACCUCAGAUUGAAGGAUUCCAGGAAAAACGUCGACCAAAUGGAACAGAUGCUCCAGAUGCUGGAAGACGUUCAGAGCAUCAAAAGAUCUGUGAGCCAGAAGCUCCAGGAGACGGAAGAAGAGGCGACGGCUCUUCGCCGGACAGUUGAAUCUCUGGAGCAAACGCUGAAGGAGGCGUGCCAGCGUCUGUGGGAGGCGCCGCGUGGAAACAGAACCCACCCCCGUCUAAAGGACGCUUUGGAGGAGGACGGGGUUUCACUUGAAAAGCAACCAGAGAGUGAAGAACACAGAGAACUAAACCAUCAAGAACGGAUUCAAGAGCUGAUUUCAGGCCUUGGCCAGGAGGUGGCGACGCUGAGCCACAGACUGAGCUCCACCAAGGACAGCAGCGUACGCCUGUCCAUCAAGAUGGAGCAGCUGAGGAAGCUGGCAGAGAGGCAGACGUCGCGGCACAGACAUCAAACGAGUGAGCUGGAGUCGGCGCUGUCCUGCUUUAGAGAGAAGGUUUGUUUUCUGGAGCAGCGACUUUCCGAGACCCGACUUGAGCUGUUCGGCUCUCAGACGGAGAGGAAUCGAACUCCACAGUCUCUGAAAGAUCUGCAGGCCCGACUCGGACGGCUGAAGACUUGCUGUGAGCGGCAGUCGCUUAGCGUUGAGGGGGAUGCACGGAUCUUAAAGGAGCAGCUGGAGGUCAUCAGGAAGCAGAUUUGCGACGUGUGGGAGGAUGAAACUCCUGCGCAGAUCCUAUUGGAGCAGAGGAACCAGGAGGCCAAACAGUCCGAAGAGGUCCUGCAGGGGAAAUACCGGGAACUUCACGAUGUUCUGCAAGAAACCCAGCAGCAUCUUUCCCGUCAGUGUCAGACUCUGCAGGCCGAGCGAGAAGCUCUGAGGCUGGAGCUGGAGGGCAAAGAGAAAACCAUAAAUGAUCUGAAACUGCAGAUGGAGAAGAGCUCCAAGAAGACGGCAGAGCACAGCCAGACUAUUGAGAGGCUCCAGCACAAAAACAGCCUCUUCAUCAAACAGCUGGAGCAGCACAAGCUGGAGAUCCAGCAGCUCAGGAGGGAGUCAGACCUGGCAGCUGCGGAGUGUGAGAGCAGACGACUGCAGAGUCAGAAAAUCCAGGAGGAAACUCAGCUGCAGCUGCAGAGCCUCAGCAAGGAGAAGAAGGAACUGGAAGAGCUCCACAGCUGGAAGAAGGAUGAGCGUGCAGGCGUGGUGCUGAAGCUGCAGAGUCAGCUGAGGAACGCCCGAGAGGAGCUGGAAAAGCUCCGACACACCCUGAAGACUCUGGAAGGAGCCGAUCGUCAAGGCCUGCAGGCGGCCUUCGACAUGCAGGAAGAGGUCACCUCCAGGAGAGAGCAGGCCAACGCUCUGCAGAGUCGGAUCCAACAUCUGGAGGAGGAGGUUGUGACGCUGCAACAGGAGAAGCUCCUCCAGAGCCUGGAGCUCCGGCGUCAGCUCCAGAAGGUUUCUGUCACCGAGGAGGAGAGGAGGCAACUAGAAGAAGAGCUGAAGACCCUUCGGUCCAAAGACCAGCAGUUAAAGGGGAGAAUCAGCCAACUGGAGGCGAUGCUUCACAAGAUGUUAGAAAGCUUCACCAGCUGCCAAGCGUUCCUUCAGCUGAGGGAGCAGGACUAUUUCCGUCUGAAGCUCCAACACACUCUGGACUUGAAGGAACUCCAAAGUCAGAGUUUGCACUCGGCUCUGUCCAAACCCCCACCUGAUGUGGACUCGGCGACCUCGCCGGGGAACGCCGCUCCACCCUCCACCCCGCAGGCCUCCAACACCCAGAACAAGCCCUACAGGCAGCAGGAGGGUUGCAGCUGCGAGCUCAGAUCCCCUGCAGGAGGAGUUUCAGAGAACCGCAGACCUCCCAGGGAGCAGAGAGGCGCUGGCAGCAGCUCCUGCAGGAGGAGGUCUGCUCCCGGGCGGGAGAACGCCACGACGCACAAACAGGAAGUGAACUUCGGCUCCAAAGUCAGGAGGAAGACGUUCAGCAGUGAUCUUCAUCGUCUGCAGACGUCGGAGCUGAAACAGAAAAAACUGGAUCAAAGUCAAUCCCGUUGGGUCCAUCCCAGGGAAGUCCAGCAGCUUCCUGCUCCAGCUGUCUCUGGGCCGCAAGUCUCCCGUCCAUUCUCUGCUGACCUCCAGGCCGAGCAGCUGACUGGCGCCAUGGGUGAAUCCGUCACGUCUCCGGUGGUCUCAGUGGCAGAGAGGAAACGCCGUGUGCUUGAAGUCGGACACACCGCACCUUUCCUUCCACUUUCCACUUGAGGUUUCCUCCUGGAGCAUCCUGACUCAUGCCGCCCCCCUCCUAUGGCCCCCCAUCCUCUGGGAGCAGCCGUGAGGCCCGGGACAAUGAGGCAACACUGGAUGACAUUAUUGGUGAGAGUCCGGCCCCCCAGACGGUUCCUCUCGACAUCAAAUGAUGCCACAUAUAUCGCUUCCCGCCGCCGACCUGCAGCCUUUUGUUCUGUUUUAUUUAUGAAUGGAUUAUGUAAGAGACGCUGGAUGGCCGUGUUCACCUCUCAGCUCAGACGAAAACCAAAGCAUUUGGAUUCGGGAGAGACACUGCUAGGGGGGGCAACAGUUGGGAACACAGAGAUGCAUGCUGGGAUGUCAUGUGUGGGCGGCGCUCAGGUGAAACCUCCAUAUUAUACAGUUUGCAGGUUGGCGCAGGUCUUCACAGGUUUGUGAGCAGAUCCCAACCAACAGCACGGAGGAAGCGGAAACCUUUAAGAUAUCCCAGCAGAAAGGACAAAAAGGGGGGCUGGGUUUUAGGUGUCAGACGCCGGUAAAACUGUUGUCCAAAAGGUUCUGACCACGAUCAACCGUUAAACCAAACACACUAAAGGACAUGCAGGUUUAAAAAUAAAAGAAAACGGUUAGAUAUCAAACAAACACAAGGCAGAAACCUCAGCAGAAAAGAAAAGACUCAACAAAAUAAAACAAAAAAUACUGUAGAUCCAAAUAAAACUGUAGAUGAGACGUCAUGAAAGCGGUUUUGGCUCCUAGUCCUGUGGGCCUGUGGGUGAACUUUACCUGUGAUGCAUCAGCGAUAAGGUUUGUACCUUCUGAGUCUGGACAUGUUCAGAAACACCAAGAACCUUUUCUGUGAAUGAUCUACGCUGGGUGUGACCAAUCAGAGAUGACGGUGUGAGUGGGGGAGCAGUCUUUGUUGUUUUUAACAGAAACCUGCUGAGACUUCUUGCUGACGGUCCUGGCUAAGUCCUGGGUGGAGCCAAGCAGCUGCUGUUGUCUGUAAACAAGGAGGGGGGGUAACUUAUGGCCCCCGAGGUGUCCCGUUUCAACCCUAUGGCCACCGGAUGAUCUCAGUGCCUCUGAGUCCUAGAGAAACGUCACCUUUGACCUUUUCUAAAUUUAAGAUUUGAAGGCCUCUGAACAGAGGCAAGCCUUGGAGGGCUGGCAUUUCUGUUUUCCCCUCAGCCGUCUGCAUCCGCUCAGAUUCCCACAGCAGCUUCUGAAAUCGGUGACGUGUAAAUUCAAAGCCUGUUCUUUCACGCUAAACAUUAAUAGAAUCUUUUUAUUUCCUGUUUUGGACAUUUUUGCUGGUUUCUCGUCCACACAAGGGGGAGCACUGACUCCUCUGACUAUGAGAGAACCGUGAACAAGUCAGCCAAAACAAAGGAAUUUGUCAGAAAGAAACACAAUCAAUGUGUGUGUUUAUUGAGCUAAGGCCUUGGUCACUUGGUGCACUCAUUGACCGAUGGAGGUUUUCGGGUCGUCCGGGUCCCUGGAGGGUCGUGUGGAGGAGCGGCAGCAGUACAGGUGCGUCUUGCAGUUCCCUCGAGUCUCGUACGGUGGGUGGGUUAGAAUAAUUGCGUCACACCUACUUCCCCCUGAAAUGUCGUAUACUGUACAGUCCAGUCUGCUAUUUUGAGCGUUUCCAUGACCAAAUCGACCCAUUAGGCCAGACCAAACCCAUUUGUGGGCCCACCGCAUAGAAAAAUGGAAUGGACCAGUUAGGGCGGAGCUACUGUUGAAACCGAUUGACUGGCUGAAGGUCACUAUGAUAAAAGUGGCCGUAUUCCUUUUUCGCCGCCCACAACUCAAUGUUUUGAAGAUACAAAGUACCAAGAGCCAAAGGGAACAAAUGAGCGGCUGGAUGACCUCCAUUGUUGUUGGUAAUAGUUUUCCCCCCGCAUGCACCUUGGCGGUCCAACUUUGAGACGAGAACAGAAUAGAAUAUCUUAAUUUGUGUAGCACUUUUCCCAGAAGGAAUCACAAAGCGCUUCACAAUAGGAGCAUAAAAUCCAAAGACGAGUAGCAACGCCUUUUCUAUGAGAGAUCUCCCUCUAGUCUGAAAGUGUGUUUUUUGGAACGCUUCAUAGAUUUUGGUUGGAAGACCUCAAAGAUCGAGCCGAAGAUGAUGGAGUUAAAAGGUCAGAAAUGUACGUUGGAGCUUGACCACGCAAGGCUCUAAAAACUAAAAGUAGAAUGUUGAGUGGAGACGCUCACCUGAAUUGCCUGGACCAUUCUAAACCGGACCGGACCGCUCAGUGGACUUGAGACUUUAGGGUUCACAAUGACCCGUCGCCCACAGAAUGCCCGUAGAAAAAAUGUGCAACAACGUUUUGGCUUUAGGGCUCACGGGUCUGCGACUUUUUAUGUCUGAUGCUUUGGUCUUUGGUCCUCGUCCAGCUGAGACUCAGGCUUGGAGUUUCACAUGAGAACAUAAGAAACAGGCAGUAAAAUCCAGCCUGAAAACGUUUGAGGAACGCCAACAAACGCGGUGGCGUUCAACCUCUCAGGACUGGUUGUUACUUGUUUCAGGAAGCUGGUGGGGAUGUCAUUUGGUAAAGGAUCACUGAAUAAUGUGUACAUAAUGAUAUGGAGUUGUGUCGUGCGGGAAUUGGCUCUAAAUAGACAAACAAAUGAGCCCACUUUCAUUUCCCUCGCUGCAGAGAAAACUCGGGGGACCUUCCAGCCUUUUUGAACUGCAGCCGUUUAAAUGUGUUUAGAGCAGACGCCAAAAGACUUGAGCAAUUGAGGAAAAACGUACGUUUUCAGCAAUUUAUAUUUAAAACAUCAACAAUUUCUGCAGACAAUUUAAGUUCUUGUCUUACCAUUUGGUGCUAAAUCCGUAAUUUUGGGCUCACAGUUAACUAAAGCAAGGUUUUCACUUCUCAAAACAUUUAAAGUCUAAAAUAUGUUUUUAUUGAUCAUAAAUGUUUGUAGAAAUAAUGUAAAUUUCACUUGCAAAUAUUGACUGUUUGACAACUCUGGAAUUGUGUGUACACUACUCAUAUUUAUAUGCUGUUAAUCACUUUAUGACUGCAAUUAUUCACACCAGUUGACUUCAUUUUACUGCCCCAUUGAAGGAGCUUUUAUUCACUGACACGUGAGGAUUUCAAAAGACUCUUUUUUUCUUGAGGAAGAACUAAAUUCAGCACAAAACCAAAUAAAAAAGAUUCACUUAUGAUCUUCAGCCAUCAAACUCCCAAAAAAAGGCUGCGUGAACCAAACUGAAAUCCUUUUUAAAAGACAAAUACAUGAAAAAAACUUUCCAAAAUAUGAU